CGAAACGAACGCGAAGACAGAGACAGAGACAAUCGAAAUGUGUUGAAUGGUGGACGCAUGACAGUUCUUUGCAGCUGUUCGUAAUUGAUUGUUCAUUGCAUCGUGAAUUUUCCACAUUACAAAGGACUUGUUUAAAUUCUCGUGGUUCGUUCAUACAGUGUUCAUGUUUAUUUUUCACGUAACGCCAAUCGCAAAGUUAGAGCGUUAAAUAAAAAUUAAUUGCGUAUGUCGUUGUUUCCGUGACGUAACUGGAUUCUCGGAGUAACUGUUCGUGUACCGCUAAGGACCGUGUUGAUCGUAAAUGGUGUCUGGGUUCGUGUCGCGUGAGUUUUGACGGUCCCAAGAUGUGGGAAAUGGACUCCGACACGGGAUCGCGGAGCGUGUCUUCGGACGGGCUCCGCCGACGCCAAGGAUGGGAUCCCGAAGCGGAGAGUCUGGCUUCCCAGAUGGACGAGCUCGACGAAGUGCUGGCGGAGGAAGAGGAAGGAUGUCCGUUGCCGUCCACGCCCGAAGAUCAGCAUCUACUCGACGCGGAGAUGGCGGAGGUGUUGAAGGCUGGCGUGCUCUCGGACGAAAUCGAUCUCGGUGCGCUCGCACACAACGCUGCUGAGCAAGCCGAGGAGUUCGUCCGCAAGGUGUGGGAGGCGUCCUGGAACGUCUGCCACUUCCGUCACCUGCCGCGCUGGCUGCAGGACAACGACUACCUACACAAAGGUCACCGACCUCCUCUCCCGUCUUUCAGCGCAUGCUUCGCCUCUAUCUUCCGUAUCCACACAGAAACUGGAAACAUUUGGACCCAUCUGCUUGGCUGCGUUGCGUUCAUCGGCGUCGCUAUUUACUUCUUGUCUCGCCCAGCCAUUGAGAUUCAAAUGCAGGAGAAAAUGAUCUUUGGAGUGUUCUUUAUUGGCGCCAUCGUUUGCCUCGGAUUUUCUUUUGCUUACCAUACCCUGUACUGCCAUUCGGAGAUGGUUGGAAAAUUAUUUUCAAAAUUAGAUUACUGUGGCAUUGCCCUGCUCAUCAUGGGUUCAUUUGUGCCAUGGUUGUACUACAGUUUCUACUGCCAUUACAGACCUAAAAUCAUAUAUUUAUCUGUAGUGGUUGUUUUAGGAAUUUUGUCUAUAAUUGUGUCCCUUUGGGACAGGUUUUCUGAACCCCGACUGCGACCUCUCCGAGCGGGAGUAUUUAUGGGUUUUGGUUUGUCUGGAAUUGUUCCUGCAAUACAUUACGGAAUCACCGAGGGAUGGUUCAGUCAAGUCAGCAAGGCUUCACUUGGUUGGUUAGUUCUUAUGGGCCUAUUGUACAUUUUGGGUGCUAUGUUUUAUGCUUUGCGUGUGCCUGAAAGGUGGUUCCCUGGCAAAUGUGACAUCUGGUUCCAGUCACACCAAAUAUUCCACGUGCUGGUCAUUGUGGCAGCGUUUGUACAUUACCAUGGCAUUAGUGAACUUGCAUCAUACCGUGUAACGGUUGGGGAAUGUUCCAUGCCUCCAUCGUCGAUUGCAUUCUAGCCCCGCACUAUACCAAAUGUGAUAGUAGACCAUAGAUAAAUUUAAGUAGUAUACAAACAAACAUUCAAUAGCUUCACUGUAUAUUUUUAAAACAAGUAAUUUUAAUGCAUUUUGUAAGUUUUUUAAUCAAUGGGGAGAUUUCGUUCAGGAAUGUUAAAAUUUUGUGAGGCUGAGGGCUCUGUUAAAGUAACUACUGGUGAGGUCACAUUGUGUAGUAGGGGGGAGAAUACUUUUAAGACCCCAAAUUCGUUAUUUAUUUAAUGAUAAUGAUAGUGUUUCUUUUAGUCUUAAAAUAACAUUAUCUUACAAAAUUCUGCACUUCUUAUUUAAAUAGUUAACAUAAAUUUGGUCUUCAACCGCCUGAUAUAUUUUGUAAUAAAAGGGUCUCUUAAAUAUCUUAUUUUUCUAUUGUUCAAAUAUUUUAUUAUGUGAUAGGUAGAGUAUUGUACUUAAUUUAUAUUUUUGUCUGUUCCUUGCACUAAAUUUUAAGACCAGUGUUAAGUAAAUAAGCGUAAGACCCAUUCAACAACCACAUGAUACUAUGUUCUUCCAAAUGUCAACCCAACCAUCAGGGAUGAGGUUCUAUAGUUCUUCCAAGGUGGUUUCUUCUGCACAACAUAACCAUCCUUUCUUGUGUUGGUAGAAAAGUGUCUUAUUGUCCUUGCAUAGACGGUACCACUCUGAUUACAUGUUGUUUAUGUGAUAGAAUCAUAAAUGUUACAAUCAAUUGAUGUUGUGAAAAUGCAUCGAAUCUCAUAAUGUCAUUGAUAUGAAUAUUAUAUUUGGUGUAUCUUUUUUUAGCUGUUUUCAUGUGUCAAUACAUAUUCUUGUUCUUAGUGAGUAUUUAUAAUAACGGGUUUUGUAGUUUAGUCUUUUAUCUCAUUAAAGUCCAUAAAUGCAAUAUUAAAUUGACAUUCCAUCUAUUUUUCAUACUUACAUAGUCAUGAGGUUAAAUCAGUUAUUUGCAUUGAACAGUCAUUAAAUAAAUUGGGCAUUAAUUAUAUGAUCCAAGGAAUAAUGUGGUCAUUAGGUGUAUAAAUAAAUAAUUAAAAGUAUAUUCUAAAUUGUUGUAAGUGUUCAUAUGUGUAAAGAUUUUAUGAGAAACAAAAACGAAAAAAAAAAAGAUUUUGUGAUGUUUAUUGAAUUGAGCUCUCUUGUCUCAUGUUUAAAAUAUGUUGAGAAGGUUUUCCUGAGUUUCUAUAGUAAUAAAAAAAUGGAACUAAGUUAUUUAAAAUCUCAUAAAAAUAUUGUAAAGACAAUGUCUUAUCAUAUUACAUUAAAAAAUUAAAAUGUAAAGAGUAAUAAUACAAUUAUAUUAAGUAACUUUUUAAAAAGAAAUCCUGCUUUCCAUAAAAACCUAGUUGAUGAUUGGGAAAAUACUCUGAAAUGAAUAUUAAUAAGUAGCAUAUCAAAAAAGAAGUUUUUCUGAUUGGACUGAUGAAGAAAGACAAUAUUUUUCACAUUUUUUCAAUCAUCUUUAGUUAGGUUUUUUUCUCGUUUUUAUUUUGGAUACUCAACUGAUUAUGGUGUUACAUUAUUAUUAGAACUUUGAAGUAUGAAAGUUUAAAAGCACAGAAAUGGACAAUAUAUUUUAUAUUUAUACGAAUUUGAUAUAUUAUUAUGGUGGGCACAAAAAGAUUCUUAUAUAAUAUUA